AUGACACAGGACAAUGGUUUUUUCGAUAUUACUCAUACGUUUAAAGUUGGUUCAUCAAUGUAUCAUGUUCUUGGUUUGCGUAAAGAUCGUCCAACAUAUAAAAAUACUUAUUAUAUUUUUAAUUGUACAAAUGAUCAACAUGAAUCAACAAAUGAUUUUUCAGCAAAAUCUCUAUUAUUUAAACGUCGUACAAGACCAUCGGAACAAAUAUCACCGCCUAAACAACGUCCACUCACAGCACAUCAUAAAAAAACAAUAUCAAUUGAUGAUUCAACUACUAAUAAUAAAAAUAAAAUACAGAAGACAAAAAGUACGUCUUCACAUCCUCGCGCACGUUCUGCAUCACCUAAAAAAUUAGAAACAGAUGCAACAGCUAUGAAAGAGAUAUUUACUACAGCAAUAAGAACUGAACGACAACUGAUGGUUGCACAGUUACGAAAAGAAAUGAAUAUUAAAAAGAAAGCAUUACUUCGAUCAAUUAAACAAGAGAGAAAAGUUCUUUUACAAGCAACAACAGAAGCUAAUAAAAAAGAUGAACUAAUUCAUUUACUUGAAGAACAAAAUAAUACAUUAACAAAUGCAUAUGAACAAUUUGCUACUACUACUACUUCUUCAAUUGAUACUUUAAAACAAACAAUAACAGACAUGUUAAAUACGCAAUAUACGACAUCACAAUCAGCAGAAAAAAUUCAAUUUGCUUUAAUUCAAACGAUAGAAAAAGAAGUACAAAAAAUCGUAUCAAAAAAUGAAGAAAUUCUCAAGUCAACAUCAAAUGAAAUCAAUGCGAUCAACAAAUUACAAGAUACUCUUAUUCAAAAAAUCGAGAAUUAUUCUACUGAAAAAGAAUCUAUUAAUGAUACAACAUUAAAUCGUUUAUUUGAUGAACAAAAACAAGCAUUGAACGAUGUCGUUAUCCAACAACAACAGACUCAUUCAUUUGAUAUUAUUAAACAAGCAAUGAUCGAUGCAUUUCAGCAUCAACAAAUAACGUCAGUUAAUAAUACAGAACAUCUUCAACAACAAACAAAUAAUAAUAUCACUCAUCUAUCAUCUCAAGAUAUACAAAUAAAUAAUAAAGCGAUCAGUAACAAUACAAAUGAUAGUUUAUUUAAAGUGGAAACAAAUCAAAUUGUUACUCAAUCUUUAUCGAAAUUAGAUUUAAAAAGAGCAGCAGAUCAACAUUUAUUUAAAGUUUCUAUACGAACACCAGAAUCAGUUCAUUUAUAUGCUAAAUUAGUUAUUGAUGGUAUGGAAUAUUCGAGACGGCUACAUACAUUAUGUCAACGUGAUGUACUUCAACAUGAUCUAUUUAAUUGUUACAUAGCUCCUCCUAUAAAAGAUGGUCCUUAUGAAGUGACUAUCUAUGCAAAAACACAUAAAGAUACAAUGUAUCGAGCAGCUAUAUGUAUACGAUUACCUGGAUCAAAUAUUGCUCAAUCAAAUACAUUGCCAAUGAUACAUCAAUCAUUUGAAGAUCAUCAAUGUAUUUUAAUGGAACCACUUCGUCGUUUUUUACGACAAAAUGAAUAUAUAUUAAUACGUAUGAUUGUACCGAAUGCACUUGCGGUAAAAAUUCGAAAUGGUGAUGAUCUUAUCGAACUUGAUGUAAAUGAAUAUAAAAAAGGUGUAGUUAAGAAGAAAAUACGAGUACGUGGUGAUGUAUGUAUUAUUGGUUGUUGGGAUAAAAAAACCGAUUCAACUCUAUGUGUUUUUAAUAUGGUUUAA